AUGGCAACUGUUCAAAACUUCGGUGAUUUUCUCACCGGCAUCCAAAACAGCGCUGUCGCUGGCAACGACAAGACUGGCCAAGUUCAAAUCUUGAAGAAUUAUUGUGAUGAGCAAUCCUCGGCUUCACACGAAGAAAUCGACUUCCCUGACAUUCUCGGCACUUGGGCACACGCUAGUGAAACGAACGAUGAAGCAGUGCUUGCGACGGCACCUUCAGUGCUGGUACAAUUCUUUCAAAUCAUCUCAGAUCGACUCGAUUUUCGCGACUUUGGCCUUUCAUUGUGUCACAGCCUGUUGAAACGAGACCAGGUGCGAUUGUUCGACAAGGCACUCUCUGCACCUCGAAGCAAGGAUGCACUGAUAGCCGUCAGCUUACAACUUCUCACAGAGAUCAUCAGCUUUGACGAAGGUGCACUUUCCAACAAUGUCUUUGGACGUAGAGAUACUCUCUACAGGAGACUUGAUGGGAUCCUAGGCAGUGCAUUGUCAGCACAAGGUAAAUUGCUCGCAGCACAUCAAUCAGCUUUAAGAUUCCUUUCGGCAAACUUUAAGUACCUUGACACGACAGCCAAGACGGAGAUCAUCAAUCACGGGAAGACCCUGUAUUCGGCCAUUCGCAGCCUUCCAUCAGAAGCACCACACACUGUCCUCGAAACUUUGGACGCACUUGAGCGGUGGGUACUUGAUGACAAGGCCUUGCCGAAGCAGCUCAAGGGCAGGUGUUUCAAUUCUGGAGUCCUCACCGCACUUUCGAAGUUGUAUGAAUAUGACCAAGAUCUGCAGAAUGUUCACGAGAGCGAACAAGCUCAGGUCACUGUACGAGAUUCCUUGCACAGGCUCCUUCUUCGGUUAUGUACCUCUACCGAGGCAAUACUGCUUCCGCAGGCAGGCUGGUACCCAAGUGGUACUAAUCCUGAUAUCAUAGAACAAGAUGAAAACACCAUUGAUUUAGGCUUGGACUCUCCAUAUUACUUUGACGACUAUACGGAGAAUGUUCCGGUCAAAAACGGCGGACUGUCAACGUUCAUCCAUGGGCUGAAGCCAGGAGAAGAUCUCCUUCAUGCAAAGUUGGUUAACGCCAUCUUCGCCGCAGCUCCAGAACUGGUGGCCGAGUACAUCUCGAAGAAACAGAAGUUCCUGGCACCAUCUGGCGAUGAUCCACUCUGGCGAGGACAAUUUGCCUUCUUGUUCUCCGUGGUCCAGCUUGACGUUCCGAAGAAUUUUGGCUGGCCUGAACAUCUCCCACAAACACCGCCUCCCCUCUCGAUCGCGAUUGAAAACAUACUCCCGCGAUCAUUUGAACGUGCUACCUCCAGCAAAUGUCUGCAUUCAGAGGACGACAUCGUCGUGUUCUCUACGCUGCGCUUCUUGAGCAUUGCUCUCGACAAACUGGACUCUGUAUUGAGAAUUAUAGAUCAAGCAACAACCAAAUCUCAUCUGUGGAGUCAAGCAUGGCUCAAGCUGGUCAAUUCGUUCGUCGAGCGUGCGCCACCAGCCCAAGAGGUGGUUACAACUCUACAGAAGCUAGGACCGGACAAAGAACAACUCCGCACCAGUGUACUCGAGUGUCUUGCGAAAUAUUAUAAAGUUCUGCCCUCUGCAGUGGCUGGGUUGAAAUUCGAUAUCACCCCUUUGCUUAGCAAGGCUUUGAUCAGUCUAGAGUCUAAGGACUCGGCCGACUCCCUACGAGAGACAUUUCAACAACUCUCGCACGAGCUUGAAAUCGCAACCGGGUCCUCCACAACCAAGUGGUGGCAUAAAGCAACGUCAGAAAGCCUCUCGACAGCAUCUCUUCUACUAAAAUUCUGUGUGAACUGUACAGAACCCAUCAUAACAAAACAAGCAAGACAUGUGCUCGGGGGUUUACUGUCUGGGAAAGGCGUGUUGGCCGCAACGAAGCAAUCCCUAGAUGCUCUCCUAACAAGUUUAACCUCGACGAAAAAAUGGCAAGCAGAAACCACCACGUAUCAGUUCCUCGACAAUUGCAUGAUACGUACAAUACAACGACCAGUAAAGUAUCUUGAUCCCAUUGAAAAUCUACAGAUCCAGGAAUCGGACAAGAAAGAACUCAGUCUUGUGGCAUGUUGCGUGGCCGAGCAAUGGUCUUUUGUACUAAAGAAUGAAGACAAUAAAACCGCUGUGAAGAAUAUUGCAGGAUGGAUCGCACGAUUUUACACGGCACUGGACUCUGCGGGAGAGAAUUAUCGAGUGCUUAUGAGUUUCCAGAAUGAUAUGCUCAUCGCGGCCAAAGGCAAUGAGGUGGCGCAGAAAGCUCUCAUCAAAGCGUUUGAGCAACAGCGAAAGAAGCCUGCGAUAUUGACCGAAUCUUUGUCAUCUGACGAUAUUGGGGAUGUGAGUGGUAUCGAUGUGGCUAUGGACUCUACGGACCAUGUACUUUCGCCUCAUCAAAGCAUCGACCUCACAACCGUCUUCGCCCCAUUCCCAGUAAUCCCCAAAUCUAUGAAUGGACUCACUCGCUGGGAGAACCCGGACUUCGAGUCUGACGUUCAAUCAGGACGCCUGGGCAAUUUGAUCCGCUGCCUGAUCAGCCCAGACCAUGAGAUCCGUCUGCAGGCAUUCCACACGCUGCAGACAGUGAUGCACGCAGUCGAGCAAUCAACCUACACCGAGAAGACACAAUUAUACCUCCUCCUCGGCGAAGUCAGCGAGACCAUCAGGAACCACCAUAGCAACCACACCACGCAACAGCAAUCAGACGGUUCAUCCGAGACCCAACCACCACCGUCAGUCAUCUCCGCGCUCGCCAACUCCAUCCUAAACGUCAUCUCCGACCCCUCCUCACCAUUCUACCAGAAAACCAACGCCUUCCUCCUGCGCAGCCCGUCAUGGAACCUCAACCACGUGAUCCAACGCUGGGCGAACUCCGUCUUCCACACGGAGCCGGAAAGCGACGACACCUUCGCCCUCCCCGGCGGCGCUCCCAGCAACCCUGUCCUCCUGACCAGCAACACCGCAUCCGAAAGCAAAAACGCCCAGACCCAGGAAAUCUCACACUUCAUACACACAAUCCUCAUCCCCUCGAUCCGCACGCCCGCAGACGUCGACCUCCUCCGCCGCGCGCAGAUCUACACCCGGCUGUUCACGUACUACGCGGCGCCGAUCUGCCCCAGUUCGCUGAGGAAGCUGAUCUUGCAAGUCGUGCACCAGACGUGUCUGGUAGCUGGUGGGAGCGAGAUGCUGAUCACGCGGACGGGUGUGCGCGAAUGGUUGCGCGUCGUCCGCGAGGUUCGUGGGCACAGUGGCAGUGGGGCUGGGAGGGCGGGGAAAGUCGAUAUCGAAAUGAGGGAGUUGGUGAAUGCUGUAUUGCUGGAGAUUGGGGAGACGUGUGAUAAGGCGGUCGUCGAGAGGUGGGAAGCCAUGAGACCGCUGUUCAAGAUUGCUGGCACCGAAGAUUGA